AGACACCAGGGUCCAUGCGGGUACGCAUCGAUCACACGUGUGUGUGUUGGGGUGAGGGUGGUGAGUAUAGCAUACCCAGGUUGCGUAUGGUGGGGUGAGGCAGUUGUGUGCACAGCCCACGUAACCACCACACGCACAUCCAAGUCACAGCCACACCUGUCCCAUAAACACACGACGCAACAUAGCACACCGAAAUGAACCACAGAGCCAAACGAGGAGAGGUGUGUGGGUGAGUAAACGGUGUGUCUCCCGAAUGUCCCCCCUCUUUCUCAACACUACCGGACACGCAGAUACUACCUACGUGCAGCCGCGAGGCCGCCGGCAUCCCUCCGGCUACUAAGGCAUGUAUGGCAUGUAUUCUACAGUGGCGUCUACAAAAACAAGCUUGGCCUCUUCGUAACAGAGACGUGCAAUAUGUGCAGGUACAGCGACACGCGUAUACACAGGGAGAAGACGGCACAGCUCAGCAGCAGGGGCUCUACAUGUGCGUGGGCUGAGAGACCCACCUUUCCCUGCACAUGCAUCAAUGCAUAAAUGCACCACUGGAAGAGCAGCACUAUUAACCGCAGGAUCGUUCGACGCGGACACGGAAUGAGGACGGCCUGGGAACCGGCCAGUGGGGGAACACGUCUCGGAGGAAGUUGAGACAUGCGUUUCGUCUCGCUGCGCUGUUCUUCAGUAGAAGGGAUUCCCUGCCCUGCGGACCAGCCAGGAUGGAUACAUCUUCAACGAUCACACCUGAACACACCAUGAGAGAGAUGCCAUUCAUGGAUGCAACAAGGAAGGGGCCGUCUGUUGCCGUGUCUCACUCACAUGCCUCCUGUUCGUCACCGCCCAGGUGCGCAGCAAGCCAGUUGAUGCACAUAUCUUCACAAUUACGUUCGCGACUCAUAAGACUAACCACCGGCCUGCGUAUUCGAAUGGUGGUGAGGGAGAGGGACAAGUGGAUAGAGAAAUAGGGAGAGGGACAGGUGGAGAGGGAUCCAUCCAAUGGCCUGCCCUCCCUUGGUGCCUGCCCUUGUGGUCGCGCUCACUGAGGGAUGAACUCCAUGUAUUUCUCGAGCACCGCUGUCGACAUAAGAGCCGCGCUUGUGAAGGCAAGGUUAUCGUCUUUCCUCGAGUAGGAGUAGAACAGCGCCUGUGAGCC